CAGCAGUGCACGCCGAACGACCACGACCGUACCAUGGAGGAGGAGCAGCAGCAGCAGUUGCUCGCGGACAAGCAGAGCUGCUCGCCGAGCGCGGCCAAGCGCUUCUUCUCCGUCUUCGCCGCGCUCGGCUCCAACCAACUGCUACGCUCGGCUUUGUCGCACCUCGGCCUCUUCAGCACGCUCGUCGUCUACACUGCCCUCGGUGGCUUGGUGUUUCGCGCCUUGGAGCGGCCUGGCGAAGUUACGCGCGUGGCCGAGGCGCAAAACUACCUUUGGGACCAACGGCUGAGCUUCAUCUCGUCGGUGGCCAACUUCAACUCAUCGUCGGGGCUCAACUUUCCGGACUUCCUGAGACUGCGACUCAGCGCCUACGAGGAGUCGAUUUGCGGCGCCGUGCAGCAGGGCGUAUUGCACGUGCCGAGACGUGCUCCUGACAUCCAGUCCGCCUCCGAGGUUGCCAGCUGGGGCUACCUCCACUCCAUUUUCUUCGCCUCCACUGUCCUCACCACGAUAGGUUACGGAAAUGUGGCACCUGUCACUUUUUGGGGGCGCGCCUUCUGCGUGGCGUUCGCCCUCGUGGGAAUUCCGCUCACGCUCACUGUGAUCGCCGACUUGGGCAGAAUCAUCGCCUCCUCGCUCACCUCCCUCGGCGAAACGCUCAGGGAGCACCUUCCUUGCGUCGCACACCUCCUCCAAGCCACAGAUGACGGUUCAAAGCAAGGGAGUCUUGGAAUAUUCAUCAAGUCAGUGUCGUUUUUCGCGGCAAUCCUGCUGCUGCUCGUGUACAUUGCCGCUGGGGCUGCGCUCUUCACAUUUUGGGAAGACUGGACCUUUUUCGAGGGCUUCUACUUUUGCUUCAUCACCCUGACCACCAUUGGCUUUGGAGAUCUUGUUCCGAAGGAGCCAGACUACAUGCUGCUGUGCACCCUGUACAUUCUGGUCGGCCUGGCGAUGACCUCGACCAUAAUCGAGCUGGUGCGGCGGCAGUACGCGCAGUCGUGGAAGCGAAUGAAGGAACUGAGCGCCCGUUUGCAGAGCCUCUCGGGGCCCAUCACAGACGCGCUCAAGAGAAUCGACCUGAGUCGCGCCUCGUCCACGAUCGACCUGACCAUGCUGCACGAGCUGCGGGACCUGAAGAAGACGCUAACCCUGACGCAGCUGGAGACCAAGCUCCGCUUUCCGACCAGCAAGAAGAACGAGUGGCAGAAGGAGAUGGAGGCGGCCAUGCAGGAAAUCGUGCAGCUCACUUCGCCGCCAAAACGCACAGUUGUCAUCUACGAAACGUCCGUUUGAUCCAAAUAAAAGUGAUACUAAAGUUCCAAAAAUUCGUUGA